AUGCUGAUUCAUUCAAACAAAUUUCCUGGCCUCCCUUUCAAACCUCGUAAUGUAUUGCACUCUAUUUCCAUGCUUUCCUCUCUGACAAUUCCGUCCCCAACCAGCCAUACAAGGCCAGAAUCAGUAGUUGAUGAAACCGUCCACCGUACAUCAACUUUGAUCGAACAACCCAACUGGGAACGAAACAGGCACCUUAAAUCGUUGGUUUCUCACAUGACCCCUCAAGCAGCUUUUAAGGUCAUAGCACUUCAGAGCAGCAAUAUCGAACUCGGUGUUCAAUUUUUCAAAUGGUUGAUGGGUGCACUUGACAAUCUGCGCAAGAUUGGUUUUCGGCUUAAUUACCCUUGUUAUAGCGUUCUAUUGGCAUGCCUAGCUAAAUUGAAUAUGGGUUUAUCAUCAUUUUCGGUUUAUAGAAGAAUGGUAGAUGAUGGGUUUGCUCUUGGUGUUAUUGAUUACCAGACUGUAAUAAAUGCUUUAUGCAAGAAUGGGUUUGUACAAGCUGCUGAAAUGUUCUUUUCAAGAGUUUUGAAACUUGGGUUUUUGUUGGAUACUCAUAUCUGUACCUCUUUGGUGCUGGGUAAUUGCAGGGUUGGUGAUCUCAAUGAGGCCUUUCUAGUGUUUGAGAAAAUGUCUAAAGAGGAUGGUUGUGGUGCCAAUAGUGUUACUUACUCAGUGCUUAUACAUGGUCUAUGUGAAGAUGGUAGGCUUGAUGAAGCGUUUUGGCUAAAGGAAGAGAUGAAUGAAAAGGGUUGCCACCCAAGUACUCAUACCUACACUGUACUGAUUAAAGCUCUUUGUGAUGUAGGAUCCACUGAUAAGGCUUUUGGUUUGCUUGAUGAGAUGGUCAAGAAGGGAUGUAAACCAAAUAUUCACACUUAUACAGUAUUGAUGGAUAGGCUAUGUAGAGAAGGUAGGAUUGAGGAGGCUAAUGGAAUGUUCAGAAAAAUGUUAGAUGAUGGAUUGGUUCCUGCCACAGUAACGUAUAAUGCACUGAUUAAUGGUUACUGCAAAGAAGGUAAAGUAGUUUCUGCUUUUGAGCUUCUUGGCGUGAUGGAAAGGAGUAAUUGCAAGCCCAAUAUCCGUACUUUCAAUGAGCUUAUACAAGGGUUAUGUAAAGUCAAUAAACCUCACAAAGCAAUGGAACUGUUGAGAAGGAUAGUUGACACUGGGUUAUUCCCCAAUGAAGUAACCUACAAUAUUCUGGUUGAUGGGUUUAGCAAGGCAGGCCAACUCGACAUGGCUUUCAGAGUAUUUAAUUCAAUGAACUCCCUUGGUCUUGAACCUGAUGGUUUUACUUACACUGCAUUAAUUGAUGGGCUCGGUAAAGAAGGGAGACCAGAGCAAGCACAUGGGAUCUUGGGUUUGAUGGUGAAGAAGGGAAUAUUCCCAGAUGAAGUAACAUUUACAGCUCUUAUUGAUGGAUAUUGCAAGACAGGUAAAACUGCAAAUGCCUUUAUGCUUUUUGAGAGAAUGGUCAAGAACAGGUGUUUGACUACACCUCACGCAUUCAACUCAUGUCUUGAUGUUCUCAGCAAAGAAAAUAAGGUGAAUGAACAAAAUACAAUGUUUGGAAUGAUGCUAAAGUACGGCCUAAUUCCUUCUGUGGUAACUUACACCAUAUUGAUUGAUGGGCUUUGCCGAGCAGGUGAUACUAUCCACUCCUUGAACGUUUUAGAUCUUAUGAAGCAGGCGAAUUGUCUCCCAAAUGUNAAUUUUUCAAAUGGGUAUGCAAGCAAUCGACAUACUGCUAUGAAUUAG